UAUCACGAAACACCGUUCUCGAACUAUCCGACGACCGACAACUUCACGACAGCACAACAGUCAACAUGGGUCGCGUUCGAACUAAGACCGUCAAGCGGUCCGCCAAGGUCGUCAUUGAGCGUUACUACCCCAAGCUCACCUUGGACUUCGAGACCAACAAGCGCAUUUGCGAUGAGAUCGCCAUCAUCGCUUCCAAGCGCCUCCGCAACAAGAUUGCCGGAUACACCACCCACUUGAUGAAGCGUAUCCAGCGUGGUCCUGUUCGCGGUAUCUCCUUCAAGCUUCAGGAGGAGGAGCGUGAGCGCAAGGACCAGUACGUUCCUGAGGUCUCUGCUCUCGACUUCACCCAGAACUCCGAGAGCGGCCAGCUCGACGUGGACGCUGAGACCAAGGACCUCCUUAAGAGCCUUGGCUUUGACUCGAUCCCCGUCAACGUUGUGCCCGUUGCCCAGCAGCAGGUCGCUGAGCGCCCUCGUCGCUUCGGUGACCGCCUUCGCCGGGAGUAAAACCUUUCAUGCCGUUGGAAGGAAAAUAUAGGCGGGAAUCGGCUGCGGUCUCGCUGACCCAUUAAAAUUGGCUGGCGUCAUAGAUAAUGAAAAGGUCUUUCUCCCCAAACUAGGUGUCGCUGAACCCUCUACUGAGGGCUAGGCUUGAUCGCC